AUGGCCAUCAACCGUGUGGUCGCGGACAGCCUCAUCGGCCGCCGCUUCAGGCUGGAAAAUUCUGGCCAUCGACAUGAGCGGAAGGGAUCGCGCUUCUUGACUGAAGUCCGUGCCGGCCUCACCACCUUCUUUGCCAUGGCCUACAUCAUCUCUGUCAAUUCCAACAUCCUGACUCAAUCUGGAGGCACAUGCAUCUGCAGCGACCAGGAAAACCCAACAUGUGCCGGAAACACAGAAUACGAGUUGUGUUUGAAUGCGCUCAGACGGGACUUCAUUACGGGCACUGCAGCGAUUGCCGCCCUUUCGUCGUUCUGUAUGGGUUUAUUUGCCAAUAUGCCAAUCGCUCUGGCUCCUGGAAUGGGCUUGAACGCAUAUUUCACGUAUAACGUUGUUGGAUUCCGUGGCACUGGCCCCGUUCCCUAUCGCCUUGCGCUUACCGCUGUCUUCAUUGAAGGGUUUGUUUUUGUGGGUUUGUCGGUAUGCGGUAUGCGCCAAUGGCUUGCAAGAGCUAUUCCACGGUCGAUCAAACUCGCCUCGGGUGCUGGCAUUGGGCUCUAUCUAUCUCUCAUUGGCUUAACGUACAGUGCCGGUAUUGGUGCCAUCACUGGUGACCGAGCAACACCACUCUCCCUUGCUGGAUGUGUGGAGAGCGAGAUGAUAGAUGGCGUUUGUCCCUCCGGAGCCAAAAUGCGCAACCCAACGUUUUGGGUUGGUCUUUUCUGUGGUGGUGUCUUCACCUGCGUCCUCCUCAUGUACAGCGUCAAGGGCGCCAUAAUUGCCGGUAUCCUCCUCGUGUCCAUCAUCUCUUGGCCCCGGCCGACAAAUGUCACCUUCUUUCCACACAAUCCCCAGGGAGACGACUCAUUCGAUUUCUUCAAAAAGGUCGUCACUUUCCACCCCAUCAGGAAGACAUUGGCAGCCCAGGACUGGAAUCUCGGCAGCGCAGGGGGCCAAUUCGGCCUGGCGUUCAUAACCUUCCUAUACGUCGACAUUCUCGAUGCGACAGGCACGCUAUAUUCCAUGGCGCGCUACUGUGGCGCAAUUGACGAGAGAACGCAGGACUUCGAAGGAUCAGCCGUCGCCUAUAUGGUGGAUGCAUUUAGCAUCUCCAUUGGUUCCCUCCUCGGCCUGUCCCCCGUGACAGCCUUCGUUGAAUCCGGCGCCGGGAUUGCCGAAGGAGGCGCCACGGGUAUCACCGCUAUGGUUACGGGGCUCUGCUUUUUCGUCUCCAUCUUCUUCGCGCCUAUAUUCGCCUCGAUCCCGCCGUGGGCGACGGGCUGCACGCUCGUCCUGGUCGGAUCGAUGAUGACCAAAGUCGCAUCGGAUAUCAACUGGUCGUAUAUUGGUGAUGCGGUGCCUGCUUUUGUUACACUGGCGGUGAUGCCCUUUACAUACUCGAUCGCCUAUGGUCUUAUUGCUGGGAUUAUGUCAUAUAUCCUGCUCAAUACGGUGGCCUUCGUCCUCGAGAAGGUCUCGGGUGGCCGCUUCGUGCCGCAUAACAAGGACCUGAAGGAACCGUGGUCGUGGAGGAUUCCGGGCGGGAUCUUGCCCGGCUGGCUAGUUCGGUUGGCGCAUGGCAAGAAAGAUUUCUGGCGCAAAGACGUCUUGGACAGGGACGAUCAAGAUUACUCAUUAGCCACCUCUGCUCAAACCGCAGAUGCUGGUGGAUACGCCGGCACGGGGGAUAAGAGCGCCGUCGCCAUUGCCGCUUCGACGAGUGAUGGUGGCGAUGCGCAGAAGGAGAAGUAA